AUGCGUUUCUUAGAGGCGGUUCUUGCUAGCCUCGCCUGUGGCCUUGCCACGGCUAUGCCCGCGUCCAGUAUGGAACAUACGGCCAUGGAAAAACGCAACUUCAACCUGAAUAACUUUCUAGCCCUGAUUGUGGAAAGUUUUCCGGUGGAUGUUCCAGUCAAUGGCAUUUGUCAAGCGUUGGGUGUGGGUGAAACGGUCUUGGCUGCGGCAUUCGGCCUCAACAUCAAUGCUAACAGUCGUGGAUGCGCCGACGUCAUGGUCGUCUUCGCACGAGGCACUUGCGAUCCAGGCAACGUUGGCGCUCUAGUCGGACCACCCUUCCUGAAUGCAGUCAAAAAGGCCAUCGGGUCCUCCAACUCGGUCACAUUUCAGGGUGUUGAGUAUCCGGCGUCGGUUGACGGUUAUCUCAGGGCAGACCCAGCUGCUGGGGUGACCAUGGCCAAAAUCGUGACUGACACCAUUGCCAAAUGUCCCGGGACAGAGUUUGUACUGAGCGGAUAUUCCCAAGGAGGCUAUGCUGUUCACAAUGCGGCCAAGGAUCUUGACGCCAAGUCCAUGUCCAAGGUCAAAGCCGUGGUCAUUUUUGGGGAUCCAAUGUCCAAGCAACCGGUGCAGGGCAUUGACGCGAACAGGGUGAAGAUUGUUUGCCACGAAGGAGACGACAUCUGCAACGGCGGUGUUUUCAUCAAACAGCAGCACCUCACGUAUGCUGAGGAUGCAGAGUCGUCUGCAGCAUUCGUGGCUUCAAAGCUCUGA